AUGGCGAUGAGCAGUGGCGGCGGCGGCAUUUCGGAGCCGGAGGACUCGGUGCUGUUCCGGCGCGGAACGGGCCAGAGUGAUGAUUCUGACAUUUGGGAUGAUACAGCAUUGAUAAAAGCUUAUGACAAAGCUGUAGCGUCAUUUAAGCAUGCUCUGAAGAAUGGUGACAUUUGUGCAACUUCAGAUAAACCUAAAGUCACACCUAAAAGAAAACCUGUUAAGAAGAAUAAAUGCCAAAAGAAGAAGACCACAACUGCCUUAAAACAGUGGAAGGUUGGUGACAAAUGUUGUGCCAUUUGGUCGGAGGACGGCUGCGUCUACCCAGCUACAAUUGCUUCAGUUGAUUUUAAGAGAGAAACCUGUGUUGUGGUUUACACUGGAUAUGGAAACAGAGAAGAGCAAAAUCUGUCUGAUCUACUUUCCCCAACAUCUGAAGUGGCUAAUAACAUAGAACACAAUGCUCAGGAGAAUGAAAAUGAAAGUCAAGUUUCUACAGAAGAAAGUGAGAACUCCUCCAGGUCUCCUGGAAGUAAACCAAAUAAUAUCAAGUCAAAAGCUCAUCCUUGGAACUCCUUUCUCCCUCCGCCUCCCCCCAUGCCAGGAUCAGGAAUGGGACCUGGAAAGCCAGGUCUAAAAUUCAGUGGGCCACCACCACCGCCACCGCCACUGCCACCCCUACCACCCCACUUCCUGUCAUGCUGGCUGCCCCCAUUUCCUUCUGGGCCACCAGUAAUUCCUCCACCACCUCCCAUAUGUCCAGAUUCUCUUGAUGAUGCUGAUGCCUUGGGAAGUAUGUUAAUCUCUUGGUACAUGAGUGGCUAUCAUACUGGCUACUACAUGGGCUUCAAGCAAAGUCAGAAAGAAGGAAGAUGCUCACAUUUCAAUUAAGGAGUACAGCUGUCUCCCAAGGAGAAUGGUAUCUUGAUGUUCCCUGGCCGAUAUGAAUAACAGGCUCAUCAUUUUCUUCAGGAACACUGGGUUGGUGACACGAUCAUCUGCACUUUUGCUCUUGUUGUAUGUAUUCCAUACUUAAAUAACUAGCAGAGUAUUUUUAAAAACAGCCUGAUUAACUGAGCAUGCCAGUGUAAGUGAUUAAAAGAAACUCAGUGCCGCAUUCAGAGCACAGAAGUCAAUCUGCCAAAACUGUGAUGGAGCACAUUUUUGUAUAGUGUAACUUUCUUAGUUAAGUAUGUUAAGCUUUCUAUUCGUGCUUUUAAAAAUAAAGAAAACCACUUUAAACCUUGAAAAAA